ACCCGGGGCAAGUUCUUCUGUCUUCAAGUUGGUACACAGUGUGAAACCUGAUGGAGGACACGAGAUGUGUCCUGGACAUGCCUCGGGGACUCAGUGGACACAUCCUACAAGCCGAGACAGGGGCUCCUAAAGAGGAAGCUCAGCAUGAACUCCCAACGUCAACCCUAUUAUCUGUAUUAUAUAUAUAUUGGCUCUAAGUGGGAUGGAAUAAACAUCUGUUCAACUAUUUUAACAUUGACUCGCGGGUCCCACAGACGCACAAAAACCGGCUGAGUAACAAAAGAUGAACACGUGUAUUAUUCAUUCACCGCGUUAGUCUACCAGGCGAAGGCGAUGAUGUCAUCGAGACAGAUGAGAGUCAACACGGUGACCGUGAGCUCAUAAAAGCCAUGUGCGAGCUGAUGGGACUUCAGUGACUCUGCGCAUCGACGAACGUAAACACACGAGAUGAUCUGGUCCUUCGUUCUGCUCGGACAAGCGCUCCUGUUUUAUUUUAUUCUCACUCACAGAUCGAGAUCCAAGCGUGAUCCUCCUCUAGAUAAGGGGGUAAUCCCAUGGUUAGGCCACGCGCUGGAGUUUGGAAAAGAUGCUUUCAAGUUCUUAAACCGAAUGAAGCUGAAACACGGGGACAUUUUCACAGUGCGUGUAGCUGGACGAUAUGUGACGGUGCUGCUGGAUCCGCACUCGUACGACACGGUCAUCAACGACUCCGACUCCUUGGACUUCACGCGCUACGCCGAGGUGCUCAUGGACAGGAUCUUUGACCUGCGGCUCCCACAUCACCAGCCGGCUAAAGUCAAUGCGCUGAUGAAGAAGCACUUCCUGGGAGGGAAUUUUGCCGCCCUGAACUGCACCAUGAGCAGACACCUGCAGGCCUCGCUGAGAGCCGAGAGGCAGAACCAGAAAGACUGGAAGGACGGGGAACUGUUCAGUUUUUCUUACAGUUUACUCUUCAAGGUGGGGUACCUGACACUGUUUAGAGGAGAACAAAACAACAACAGCACAGAUCCCUCGAGUGUCUAUGAGGAGUACAAGAAGUUUGAUGGUCUGUUAACCAAAAUGGCCAGGGGCACACUGAAGCCAGAGGAGAAGAGGACGGCUCAGGGUGUCCGGCGGAGGCUGUGGGAGCUUCUGGCUCCAGCAGGUCUGACGGAGGACUCGGGGUCGAGCCCUUGGCUUUGCGACUACAGGAGGCUCCUGCAGGAGGGUGGUGCCGACGAAGAGACGCAGAAGAAAGCCGUGCUGAUGCAACUUUGGGCCACGCAGGGUAACGUCGGUCCUGCUGCAUUUUGGCUUUUGGGCUACUUAUUGACAAACCCUGAAGCUCUGGCAGCUGUGAAAAGGGAGUUCAGCAGGAUAUCAGAAAGGAAAACCGUAGAGACCUCACCGCUGGACAGACCUAUGGACACGCCUGUGUUUGAUAGUGCCUUGGAUGAGACGCUUAGACUCACCGCUGCCCCCUUCAUCACCAGAGAGGUGGUGCAGGAGAAGACCCUCAACAUGGCGAAUGGCCAAGAGUACCUGCUACGGAAAGGAGAUAGGGUGUGUCUGUUUCCCUUCAACAGCCCUCAAAUGGACCCCGAGAUUCACGACGAGCCACAGAAAUUCAAGUACGACCGGUUCCUUAAUCAAGAUGGAUCGCUGAAGAAAGAUUUUUAUAAAAGAGGGAGGCUGCUGAAAUAUUACUCAAUGCCAUGGGGUGCAGGCACCAAUGGCUGUGUGGGAAAGCAGUUUGCCAUCAAUACAAUCAGACAGUUUGUUUACGUGGCGUUGACUAGCUAUGAUUUGGAGCUUUGUGACCCAAAUGCUCGGAUGCCAGCGGUAGAUGCCAGUCGUUAUGGAUUUGGGAUGCUUCAACCGGAGGGGGACUUGCCUGUCCGAUAUAAACCUAAGAAUACAAACUAGGUGUUUUUAAAAACAAGCAAAGUUAUUUGGAAAACAUUUCAACACAUUGUUUAUAGUGUCAAUAUGCCGUUUUUAAAUUUUUGUAUUGAAUAUUUAUAUUUUAUAUUGUAUUUUUUUUUUUUUUGGGGCGGCACGGUGGCGUGGUGGUUAGCACU